CCUGUUUCUCCAUUUGGUUGCUAUGCACCGGUUGCUAGGAUACUGGCUGUGACUGGACAGGCCUGCACAUUCCUCCAGCGAGCUCCUAACCCUGCCCAGCGCCUGCCAGGACCUUGCCAGAGCCUUGCCUGGGGCAGCCGCUGGGCAGCCUGGCCCCCGAAGAUCCAGCCCUCCCUCCACCAUGGGGCGCCUCCCUCUGGGCGGUGUCUCACCCUAUGUGAGGACCAGCACUGGUGGGAGCGUGGACCCUCUGAAGUUCUACGCCACCAGCUACGGCACGGCUUACGGGCAGGAGAGAUUCCAUCCUCGCGUUGGCUACCACUCAGGAGCUGGGUACAAGUCCAAUUACCGUCCUGUCGUCUCUUACAAGGCCAGCCUGGAUCAAGUGGAUAAUCCAGCUGUGGGACAGCUCCUUCAAGAUAACUAUGACACAGUGACCACCAAGCACUUCCGGCCCCUCCAGCUUCCAGAUGGCAAGUACCCCCUGCCCUGGAGCGUCUACCAGCCGGGGAGCGGGUUUGUUCGAGACAAGCCCAUUUCCUUCCCCACCACCAAAGCCGUUAAGAAAGUCCACUUCGAUACACGGGACCAGGGGCCGCGAGCCAUCACAGGGCUGGAGCCCAGACAACUCCCUGUCCUGCACAAGCCACAGGGGAAAGGCUCUGUCGAGGGGGAGAACGCCAGACACGGCCCUCUGUACAUGUCCACAGAGUAUAACUCCAAGUUCCGCUUCGACUUUCCCGGCCAGCCAGAUUUCUUACAGAGGAAGACGAUAGGAGCCAAGGAGGAGACGGGAUUCACUGAGGGCACCCAGCAGAACCCCAUUGCAAUCCUGCCACCUCCUCUGGGAGAGCCAAGGAGCCAGCCUGGCAUCAGCAUCACCAAGACAGACUUCCUGCCCAGCGCUUGCCCCCAUGGCGAUGAGUUCCUGCCCGUGCUGUCGAAGGGCUCUGAGCGAGAGACGGGAUUCAGCCGGGACAAAGACAACGGCCUCAGUGCCAUGGGCCCGCCACAUGCAGCACCCCAGCCUGGGGUCGAGGGGUCAGGGCCCCUGAGCCACACUCAGUUCCGAGGGCUGCAGAGGCCCCUGCAGACCCAGACCACCCUGCUGGGCCGGGAGUACGUGGGGAACAAGGAACUCUCCGGAUUCAGCAUCAACAACAAGAAAUAUGUGACGCCCCCCUACGACCCAGACUUGCCCAACAAGUACCUGAGCAGCUACAACUCCAAGUUUUAUGACAACACCCUCAAGGGCGUGGACCGUGAAGGAUGGACCCGUGGAGGAAUCCAGCCCCAAGAGCCGGGCGGCUUCGCCACUAACAACCACGUCACUGGACUGGGCAGCAACCCCAAUGCCACGGAGACUCUGAGACUGGUCCACCCCCAUGUCGGCAGGACGAUCACAACGGUGGACCCAUUCUAUCGCGACACUCCUCAUGACAACCGCUUCUCUGCUCUCUACCAAACCGCCGUACCUGAGUAGAUCUGUGCCUCCACCCCGCAGGAGCUGGUCUCCUCUGGCGAGGCAGGGACUCCAGGGCUGGUCUCCCCAAGCAAGGCAGAGGCUUCAGCAUCUCCCAAAGACUUUACUUUUCCAAGGAUAUAAAGAGAAAUCAUCACCCAGUGAAGGCUCAUUGGUUCUCAGUGGCCUAGCUGCCAGCCCCCUUCUCCUUAGAUCUCAUAGACCUCUCCUCCUCUUCCCCAUGGCCCCCAUAAACUUCUCCUUCUCCUCUUCCCCAGGGACACCAGCACGCCCUUCCACUCCCAUCCCCUGCUGUUCUCACAGGGGAGCCCUCUGCUGUGAGAGCUGACCCCAGCUCUCACCCCACGCAUGGUGGCACCCAUGUGCUGCCAUGAGAGUCGGCAGUUCCAUUCUCCUGGCAUUUGGGCCCCAUCCCUCACGGUGCUGAGCAGUGGGAGAGGAGGGUGCCUGGCACCACGCAGGAUCAAGCCCUUUGACUCAAGACGGGAAGCUGGGCCCUGUGUGUGAAGCCGUGAAUGGAGUUAACCGCUAGACAUAUGCUGCAGCCACCUGGGCUACCCCAGCUCACCACAGGGUCUCUGCAGGGCCUGGCACCGUCCCUGCAGGGCCCUGGGGCUGUUAUCAGGGGGCCUAGAGCUGUUCUCGCGGGGUCUGGGGGACUUGUAGCUUUCACUGGCACUAGGGUUGCCUUGAUUUGGCCAUUAAAUCAUCGCCAUCAAUGGAACAAGGCUCAUUUACAGCAGUGGAGGAGCUGGUGAUUUGUUCUUCAAAUGUAGCCCUGUUGCUAAGGCCACCCAAGACCCAGCAGAGGCUGCUGAGCUCUGGAGACAGGGGACGGAACCUGCCCUGCAGAGGCACAUUCGGAUCCAGUAAGGCUAGGUCACACUAUAAUCACCCCCUGCCUGCUCGGCAGAGUCUUCACUCAACGGCUGCUCUCCAGACUUAAAUCCAGGGCCCUGCACUGACUCCAGCUGAGUAACUCUGGGUUGCCUGGCAGGAUCCCCCUCUGCCUGGCUGUUUCUCUUUCCCAGCUCAAUCGCAGUGCUGCUUGUGAUGGUGGAGGCAGCUGUGUGGUGAUGCUGCCUGGCUCAGUUGCCCCAGCAUGGCGGUAAUGCCAUCCCGCUCAUGCACGUGUGUUAGGAACCGACUGGCGAGCUUUCCCUUGUGCCCUGAAAGGAGCAGCGUUUGGCCCAGCGGCACUGUGGCGGUACCCAGAUGGGAGACGGGUAAUAGCAGAGCGAUGGGCUGGAAUUGUCUCUUCAGCUGGUAACUGUUAAUAGACAGUCUGACACACCACUGCGUUUCCUCCUGGUCCUGUCACACUGUGCAUCUACACACGCAUUUAAUGACUGUCUUCCCACUGCUCCCCUCCCCAUCUCAAACAGCUGGCAGCUCGAUUCCCACACUCUCAGCAUGUCUCAUAUUCACCGACACCGCAUGGGGUGAUGUACAGGUAAUAGGAUCUUUUCCCGUGCCCCAUAACCUACUGUACGGUGUAGUGCACACACACACACACACAGAGUAGUCUCCACACUCCCAGCAUGGUGUGAUGGUACACACACAAAGCAGAGCUUACAGACACCCAGCAUGCUGUGAUAUAUAUAUACUCGCACCACAUUCCCUGCAUCAUGUGAUGCACUCACAUACCAUAGGGUCUCCACAUUCCCAACAUGGUGCGGUGUACAUGUGCCCACACAGUCAGAGCUCCACAGUUCCAACAUGGUGUGAUACACACAAAGACAGAGUAGGGUUUCCAGCCUCCCAGCAUGGUGUAAUGUUAUAUAGAUUCACAGUGGGGGUCUCGAUUCCCAGCAUGGUGCUAUGCUUGCACACACACAGGUAGGGUCUCCACACUCCCAGCAUGGUGUGAUGCCUGCAUAUACAAUAGGGUCUUGAGGCUCCCAGCUUGGCAUGAUGCACACACGCAGAGUGGGAUCUCCCUGCAUGGGGUGAUACAAGAUGUAGGCCUUUUUCCCUGCUUGGUGUAGUAUUGACCUUUUGGCUCCUGGGGCUGCAAUGCACACCCUCUGCACUCCUGCCCUUGGUCUCAGUUUCCACCCCAAAACAUGAUAUCUCCCUCUUUCCAGCUCUCAUGUUUCUCUCUGGAGGGUAGUUUCAUUUCCUAGUGCAUGUUCCAUGAGCUGGUGUGGGGCCUCUGACUUUGACAACAACGAGCGCAAUCAGUGAUACCAAACAAGCUGGCCUCAUGUUGCAGGUAACACUACCAGGCUGCAGCUCUGUUUUCCAGCACACCUGAGCCUGCUGACACCUGAUUCCCCGCCACACUCUGCAGAGGG